UGUGGGUUGAAGGAAUGUGUAUAUUCUGUGGUAACUAUGUUGAGUAUUAUCCAAUAAAUUUUUUAUCAAUGAUAAAAAAUGUGAAUGUGUUAACUAUUAUACAAUAAAUUGUUUAUCAAUGAUCAAAUAAUACGAACUUCCACUUUCCAUUGUCACAAAUUGGAUAUCAUCGGAUUGCUAACCCUUUGGUAUUAUGUUCCCAUCAACAUUUUCAUUUAUUUUAUCUAUUGUUUACUUGGGGUCAUCAAUUUUGUGCCAUUGGUUAUCUCCAGUUUAAGAUUCCACUAUUUAAAAAUUGUUAUUCCAAAUUAUAUUGAACGCAAUUGGCUAGAUCUCUCUGUGCUUUUAUCAUAUGGUGUCAGUUAAAUAACCCCUUCAAUUGCUUCUGCUAGGCUGGAAAAGGUGGAGAACUAACUCAUGAUGAGACGACAAUUAUUGCUGGAGCACUUGAACUCACGGAGAAAACUGCUAGUGAUGCAAUGACUCCUAUAUCUGAUACUUUUGCUAUUGACGUUAAUGCUCGGUUGAACAGGGAUUUAAUGAACUUAAUAUUGGAGAAAGGGCAUAGCAGAGUGCCAGUUUAUUAUGAGCAACCUACAAAUAUAAUUGGAGUUAUUCUGGUGAAGAAUUUAUUGACAAUUCAUCCAGAAGAUGAAGUGCCUGUAAAGAGUGUAACUAUCCGCAGGAUUCCUAGAGUUCAAGAAAACUUGCCAUUAUAUGACAUAUUGAAUGAGUUCCAGAAAGGACAUAGCCACAUGGCUGUUGUAGUCAGACAAUGUGAAAAGAUGAAUCAGCAGCCUGCCAAUAAUACUGCUGACUAUACAGUUAGGGAUGUGAAAAUUGACCUUGAUGGUGAAAAGCCCACACAAGAGAGAAUUUUGAAAAGCAAGAGGUCGCUUCAGAAGUGGAAGAGCUUUCCGAACACUGGAAACAACUUAUCUAGAGGAGGUUCCAGGAGCAAGAAGUGGACAAAGGACAUUGAUGCAGACAUUCUGAACUUAAAUGGAACUCCACUGCCAAAGUUACCCGAAGAAAGAGAAGCUGUUGGCAUCCUAACCAUGGAAGAUGUCAUUGAAGAGCUUUUACAGGAGGAGAUUUUUGACGAAACCGAUCAUCAUUUUGAAGAAUCAUGAGAACCCUUUUUUGCUGACGCGUAGAAUAUACUCAAAGUAUGGAUGAUAGGAGGAAACUCUGAAAUUUGUUUUGGCAGUUCAAGAUUAUCA